AUGAUCAGCUGUGAGAGAAUAUCGACUCCACCCAUACAGCAGUGUGUUUUUGGACCUGUCCAUCCCUCUCAGCUCUGCAUUGACAGGUGUCCUGUGUUACCUCUCCAGGUGAUCAAAGAAGUUCAACCUUUUUUUUCUUCACGGUUUUCUUCCAAAUUCGCAUUUCUGACAAACUACAGACACAGGAAACGAGGGCUGGAUGGAAGAAAGCUUUCUUAUCAAGGAGCGUUACUGCUGAGGACAAAGAGGCCAUCUCAAGACAAACAGUGUGUCAGUGUGUCUGUACACAAAGGAGAAGAGGAUGGUGAUGAAGAGGAGGAGGAGGAGGGAAAAGAAGGAGGAAGAAAAGAAGACAAGCGCCCCGUCGCCUCGACGCCUGUCCCUGGGUCUCCAUGGUGUGUAGUGUGGACUGGAGAUGAUCGAGUGUUUUUCUUCAAUCCCACAAUCCACCUUUCUGUGUGGGAGAGACCGGGAGAGCUGAUUGAUCGAGACAUAAGUCACAUCAUUGAGGACCCGCCCCACAAGAGAAAGAAGACCUCACCUUCAGACAGCAACUCUAGCUGCCAGUCAUCUGGUCUCCAUGACAAUGAUGAUAAUCGGGAUGAUGACCUUAAACACAAUGCUAAAAGGAACAGAACAGAGGAGACGAUGUCUCUCGUCCCUCAUCCAGGAGAGGUUAAGCUCCUCCCACUGGAACUCCGGAUUGCUCACUUCAAGGAAAUGAUGCUGGAGAGAGGGGUGUCCGCGUUCUCCAACUGGGAGAAGGAGCUUCAUAAGAUGGUAUUUGAUCCUCGAUACCUACUGCUGACAUCAGAGCAAAGGAAACAGGUGUUUGAUCAGUUUGUGAAGAGCAGGGUGAAGGAUGAGUACAAAGAGAAGAGGAGUAAACUGCAGAAAGCCAGAGAAGAGUUCAAACAGCUGCUGGAGGAGGCAAAGAUCACCAGCAGAACAACUUUUAAGGAGUUCUGUGCUCGUUACCGUGAUGACCAGCGAUUCAACACCCUCAGCAGAAAGAAGGAACAGGAAGUACUCUUCAGCCAUUACAUCACAGCCUUAAAGAAACGAGAGAAAGAGAACAGAACCAGACUGAGGAAGAUGAGAUGAGAACAAUUCUGAAAACAGAACCUUACGAACCAUCUACAACCUUUACAGAACCCAUCCAAAUCCUUCCAAACCUUCAUAAAACCUUCCAGGGCCUCCUGUUUCACCACACUCAUGAAUCCUGGUUUCAGACUCUCCUGUUUUGUUUGAGAAAGUGAACCGGGACCAGAACCAUCACACUCUCAGUGGUUCUGUUGGACAACUAGAAUGGGACCAGAUCCAUCAUUCUGAGUAGAUUCUGCUGGUUCUAGACUUUGUUUUGUAGAUUGUCAGGUCAGUCUGGACCUGAACCAACAUCAGACUGGUGUCUGUGAUGAACUUCAAUCAUCUGGACUCGUAAUCUCAAUUGGUCCUAAUUGGACAGAAACAGAAACUAGAGCACAAAAAACCCUGUUCAUCUAUCUGUUCCUUUGCCACUCAAACAAGACCAUUGAAUCAAUCAAACUUUAUUAGCACUGCAGCUUCCUAGACUUAAAAACAGUAAAGUAGAUCAAAGACCACGAAUAAAGAGAUGAGUGAAAACACAUUUUAAACCAACCAACCAAACUCUGAUUAACACCAAAACAAGGCAGUUCCACACCAGAACUUCAUAGGUUCUGCACCUCCAUUGAGCUUGGUCAGCAUUGGUCUGGUAGCUUUUGUGUCAUCUGAUAAACACUAUGAGAACAUUAGUUCAUUGGAGGCUCUGCCUCCUCUGUGAAGAUAAGCAAGAAUAUUAAAAAUAUGGGAUUAUGGUGAGCAGAAACCUUCUGACCUCUCACAUCUAAAAUUAAAAAUUAUAUAAUACAAUAACAGCAGGUCUUAGACAGUGACUUUACAGUAACUUCUUUAGUCCAGGUCUAGAUGUUUCCAUCCAGAUAAAUGAAGUGCUCCCAAUCACCAGUGGCAAACUUACCAACAAGAGGAGGGGCAGACCAGGAACAAGA